UAGAGAGGGAGUAUUGUGUAUUUAGUGUGUGUACAAUACAAUCAACAUAACCAAAAGCGGCACCCCACCGCCGCAGCUCUUGCUCUGUAAGUAUCUUCUUCUGCCGCAUUUAGAAACUAAAUAACAUGACAAAACCAACCUUGUUCGCGCUGGAUUAUCCCUUCUCCAUGCUUCUCUAAGCCACCUCCAUUCUCAGACCUCCUGUAUUCCCCUUUUUGUCUCUCCUCAGUGAAGAAAUGGCACACGUCUCAUUGCGCCGUAUUUUGGAUCAAUUAGAUAAGCAUAUGGUAAAGAAACAGGAAAUAUACGGAAGGCUUGUAUAUGGCACUUCUGCUAUGUUUCGAUCAUUAUCAUCAAAAAUUGGAAACAAAGAUUCUUAUGAAACACUGAAGAAGCCUGAACUCAUUGACAGGAAAGAACAUGAUCCUGCAGUUGGCAAGUACAGCUCUGAUGAUGAUGAUGUACAGGAUAGUAAUCAGAAGUCGGAAUUUGCAUGGCUUACGAAGGCACUAGAGCCUGCUCUACAGUUUUGUAGGUGGGCAAUUCCAACAGGUAAUGGUUCUGAAAGUAAGAUCCCACCUACAAGCCGCUCAAUUGCUGAGAUUUUUGCCAGUAUACAGAAAAGUAAGAUUGGAAUACAGGACUGGAGUCUCAGUGAUGUCACAGUUGGACUAUUCCUCGUGUAUCUUCGUCAAGCAUCCUCAGUUGCACAUGAAAAUGUGAAGGGUGUUCAAAUCACAUCAGAAUCCACGAUAGAAGAUUUGAUAUAUCACUUGGAAUUAGCAAGAGGAUCUUAUAGAGACACAGCUGUAGGCCUUGCCAAACAAAGCAUGCUUCGAGAAAGCAACAUCGUGAAAUUCAUCAGUCACUCUAGUGUGAUGAGACCUGGGUAUUACAUUGGUAUUGAUCCCCGUAAAAAACUUGUAAUUCUUGGAAUCCGGGGAACGCAUACAGUAUAUGACCUUGUAACUGAUAUCGUGUCAACAAGUGAUGGAGAUAUCACCUUUGAAGGUUACUCGACCCACUUUGGUACUGCUGAAGCUGCUCGCUGGUUUUUGGAACAUGAAAUGGGAACUAUAAAGAAGUGUUUGCAUGAACACGAGGAUGAUGUUGUUCCUCGUUUAAGCAUCGCUUCUUUGGCCAGGCUGAGGAAUGAAAUUAUUCAUACUGAUUGGAUGAGUGUCUUGGAGAAGGAAGACUGGAAAAGUGUUCUGGAGUUCCUCACGAAUGCAAAGCAAGUUGUGUCUUCAGUACAAGAUGUAGCUCGCAAGGUGGCUGAUUACGCAAAGUUCAGAAGCAGGACCAAUCACUCUGAGCUUCCAACAAAAGAUAGCUCCCCAAAUCAAUCUGCUGUAAUCAAGAAAACAGAAAGCUCUGCGUUAGUUCAUCAUGAAGAGUUAUUUGUCCCAGGAACUGUAUACUAUCUGAAGAGAAAUUCUGAUACCCAAACCAGAAGCAACAAAGGAAGCAAAAUAAUGGAGUAUUUUACGCUUUGGAAGUGGAAAGCUGGGCAACAUUUCCAGACAAUUUUACUCUCUAGCAACGUGAUUUCAGAUCACAAAUGUGAAAGUCACUAUUAUGCUCUCAGAGAUGUCAUCAAAGGCCUGCCUCAAUCAUCCAAUAAAGAAGGUAUUUUUUGACAAAUCCAUCUAAGGUUUUAUAUUGUCAUGCCUAAUGUAAAUUAGUCUUGGCAUUUGUAUAGUAUGAACUAUUAUCUAAUCAUCAGUUUUUUGGGGAAUUAGUCAGUUUUUGAAUUUUUUUUUUCUUUUACUAUAAUAGUUGAAAAUUUUCCGUAGAGAUUUCUUGUUCUUAAGGUGUCAUACAAGACUGUUAUUCAUUAUUAUAAUAUUAGGUAAACAAACUUGAUAGUCACAAAGAUCAGAUUACGUACAUUCAAAUAAUGUAGGCAUGGCGAACUAGGUUUGCUGGAAAUAAUGAACCCAAGUGCAGAUAGGUGACGUAUAGGUGGUUCCAUUUUGUUUCUUCUGUUAUUUGUACCAAACAAUACUGUAGAUCUUGCUGCGUUAUCAUUUUGUUGUUUAAAGUAGGGGGAUUUGCUUUUAUGUGAAGUUAAGAAAGGGCAUCUACUGUUUCUAUAGUAAUUUUGGCUUUUUGGCUUUCACAUUUAAGUUGCAUUUCAUAUUAUUAUUGUUCUCAAUUUCUUGCUUUUAUAGUGUGCUUACUAAUGGUUCUCUGAACAAGCUAUAGGAAUAUCAUACUGCAUUGCUUAUACCAAGCUCAUGUACCCUUUUACCCUUUUAUUUAUGUGAUGUUGCACAUGAUAUUUGAUGUGGCUGAAUCGAAAUUACAUUAAUCUUAUCACAAAUAAGAGUGAUGAAAUUCUUGCUAAUAGCCCCGUUAUUAACAUCUUUCACCAGAGAGUUUUAGCAAACAAGUUAAAUGUUAAAUUUGUUGAUUUUUUUUAUUAAUUAUUCAAAAUUAUAACUUUAUUAGUAGACAAACAAGAAUUUGUGGGGGUAAAUUGGAUGAUAUGGUUCAAAAAUGGUGAUGAAAAAAAAGGAAUGUGGUGAUAUUCGUAGAUUGGAUGGUGGUGCCCUCGAUAGAUCGGAGGGAGAGGAUAUAGAAAGGAGCCAAGGGGGGCAUACAUGGUGGUGGUGUGGUAAGAAGAAAUAACUCAGCAUGGGCCUAACUUGCCCUAAAUACUCCAUCGGCCCUCUGAAUUCUGUUAUAUAUACUAUUUUGGUUCGUUCUACAUUUUUUGUAAUAUUACUACUUUUGGACAUGACUUUCACACCACCUAUAAUACCUCUCUAAAGCCGGUAUUGUUAGUUUUCCUUUAGGUUAAAUAUUAUAAUUGCUAAAUUAAAAUACAUGACAAUAUCUAUAAUACCCUUUUAAAAUAGCUACUUUCUCCCUUUUUAUGAUUUGUGUGCAAACUCCGAGUAGCAAACUGAGGGAGUGAAGUCAGGGCGCAGAGGAGUAUGUUAAAAGUUGGGUUAAAUACAAAAUAGCUUGUGAACGAGUCGUUCGAUAAGCACAAAUGAACAACAAUGGCAAAUGCCAAAGCCUUAAGGUUAAAAUGAACAUACCAACAUGAAAUGACAGCUGAAUAACAUCAAGUGAACCGUAGAGUUAUUUCUUUCAAAAUUAGAAAACAUUAUUAGUACUUUUUGAAAAGCUUUGAGAAUAUUGCAUAUACUACACUACAACCUAGUCCGUAGCAUAGCAUAAUUAUGCAUAAAAAGUUGUUUGGACACACUGAAAGAAUCCUCGAGAUGGUACUAAAACAGUACCUCUUGCUCAUAUUCAGCUUCUUUUUUUAGAUUGUUAGCAGAAGCUAAUUAUAGCUUUAUGAUGAUUAAUAAAGGCUAAGAGCCUAAGAUUGUAAGUAUAUUUGGGAAAUAUUCUUGUUUUAGUGGCCUACAAAUAUGAUGUCUUGUGUGUGUGUUGUGAAUGUGAUACAGUGUUUAGCUACCAAAGUGCCUGUCAACUUCCCUUAUCCAAAGGGUAUGUGUUAGCUUAGCUCAUAAAGGCAAUGGACUAUGAAAGGGUUAUUAAUAUUAUGUACUUAGGUGCAUCUACUUACAUUCUCCUUGUGUCUUAAUCUGAGAAGUGUAACAUGGACUAUGGAUAGGCCGGUGCACCAAGUUACAUGGGGCACUUGUGUUGGCUGUUGAUGAGGAUUCAUAAUGGUCAGCUUGACUAUUAGAAAAUCAACCAAUAUUUUCAGCUGCUCAAAUCGACUAUAUGCCAAUAAUUAUUAAGGGCAGGCAAUAACCAAAUAGACAACACGUGGGCGCUAUAGCCUUUUAUGCCAGACUCUAGGGAACAAGGAGGAAAUUGAUCCAAGUUUAGGGUAUUAAGUCCAUUUUAGAAACAUUAUCAGAGAGUUGAGUGGUGCAUAGAAUCAUUUGUGUUUUUAAGUUGACAAAUAUUCCUAUACAAACUGAUAAUUAUGCAAACGAUUAAUCAAUUAGUUCAAUUCACCGUUACACUUUACAACUAUCUUACUUUAGUACACCCAUAAAAUCGACAUUUCGCAAGAAUACUUCUCUA